GCUGGCGCUGAGCUGUGGGUCUGGUUCCAGCCCACCGUCACCGAUGUUGACAAAGCCUGGAAAGAGCUAAGUAACAUCCUCUCAGGAAUAUUCUGUGCUUCUCUGAACUUCAUUGACUCAACCAACACAGUCACUCCGACGGCAUCCUUCAAACCCCUGGGCUUAGUGAACGGGACAGAUCACCAUCUCCUGCGAUAUGCCGUCCUGCCCAGGGAGGUCGUCUGCACGGAGAACCUCACGCCUUGGAAGAAGCUGCUCCCAUGUGGCUCAAAGGCUGGGCUUGCUGUGCUGCUGAAGGCCGAGCGCUUGUUCCACAGCAGCUACCACUCGCAGGCAGUGCACAUCCGCCCCAUCUGCAGGGAUGCCUCCUGCCUGGCUGUGUCAUGGGAGCUCAGGCAGACCCUCACUGUGGUCUUUGACACCUUUUCCAGCGGCCAAGGAAAGAAAGACUGGUCCCUCUUUAAGAUGUUCUCUCGCACACUUACUGAUGCAUGUCCUCUGGCAUCGCAGAGCAAAGUCUACGUCGACAUCUCCCCUCAGAACAAGGAAAAGGAGUUAGUGGAAGUGACCCCGCCUCCAGCAUCCGUACAUGAAGCUGUUGUCCAGGGAGACAGGAGAACCUAUGCCGUCUAUGACCUGCUGAGCCCCUCACUCUUCAAUACAUCUCGCAGCCUCAACGUGCAGCUGAAGUGGAAGCGGCCCCAAGACAGCUCAGAGCUGCCCACACCCGUACUCCACGCUCAGCGCUACGUGAGUGGAUACGGGCUGCAGACCGGAGAGAUCAGCACGCUCAUCUACAACACUCACCCGUACCGGGCCUUCCCCGUGAUCCUGCUGGAGACCGUGCCGUGGUAUCUGCGACUCUAUGUGCACACUCUGACUAUCAUCACGAAGGGGAAGGAAAACAAGCCAAGUUAUAUCCACUACCAGCCAGCCCAGGACCGGAGACGGCCUCACCUCUUGGAAAUGCUGAUCCAGCUGCCAGCCAAUUCUGUCACCAAGAUUACAAUCCAGUUUGAGAGGGCCUUACUGAAGUGGACGGAGUACACGCCUGACCCCAAUCAUGGCUUCUAUGUCAGUUCAUCUGUGCUCAGUGCCUUGGUGCCCAGCAUCAUUGCUAUGAAGGACGUGGAUGUGGAGGAGAGCCCUCUCUUCACCUCGCUGUUUCCUUCCUCUGAUGGCUCCAGCUAUUUUGUGCGCCUGUACACAGAGCCACUUCUGGUGAACUUGCCGACGCCAGACUUCAGCAUGCCCUACAACGUCAUCUGCCUGACCUGCACCGUGGUGGCAGUGUGCUACGGCUCCUUCUACAACCUGCUCACCAGAACGUUUCACGUGGAAGAGCCCAGCCGGGGUGGGCUGGCCAAGCGGCUGGCCAACAUCAUCCGCAAAUUCCGCGGGGUGCCCCCGCUCUGAGAUAAAGCAGGGCAGCCGGUGCUGGCCGUGGGGAGACCCAGGGAGCAGAGCACUGCUGCCUCUUGUCUUUGCUGGAAGCAACGUGCUCCAUUUUGCUGCCUGGAUCUCUCUUUGAGGUCCAACAAUCCGAGAGGUUGCUUCUAUCAGGGCAGAAGGGCUGGAAAUGGCUCUAAGCCCAUUGACUACUGAACUGCACUGCUCUGGGACUGGGAAAGGUGUAAGACGUCUGUUUGGGAGAGGGGUAACUUAUGUGCUAGGAACGAUGCUGGAAGUAAACUUGAGCUGUUUGUA